CUGACACUUGGCUCUUGUUGGGAGAACAGAGAGAGUCUCUCUUGUCCACGGCCUGUGCUCGGCUCCAACUGCUGCAUCUCCCGGAGGCCUCUGCCCAGCCUGCAUAGGGUGAGAGCUGCUAAGGCUGUCUCAGAAGUUGAAGGUGGGAAAGAGGGCAGCCCGGCCUGGGGGCCAAGAUCUGUCGUGCUUGGUCUUCCUAGUACCUCCAGAGCCUACCUCAUCACAGCUACAGAAUGGCCUCCAGCCCAGCUGGAGUUCCUAGCCCACAGCCCUCUAGGGCCAAUGGGAAUAUCAACCUGGGACCAUCCGCUAACCCAAAUGCCCGGCCCACAGAUUUUGACUUCCUCAAAGUCAUUGGCAAAGGGAACUAUGGGAAGGUCCUACUGGCCAAGCGCAAGUCUGACGGAGCCUUCUACGCAGUGAAGGUGCUACAGAAGAAGUCCAUCUUGAAGAGCAAAGAGCAGAACCACAUCAUGGCAGAGCGCAAUGUGCUACUGAAGAACGUGCGCCACCCCUUCCUCGUGGGCCUGCGCUACUCCUUCCAGACCCCUGAGAAGCUCUACUUCGUGCUUGACUAUGUCAACGGAGGAGAGCUCUUCUUCCACCUGCAGCGGGAACGCAGGUUCCUGGAGCCACGGGCCCGAUUCUACGCUGCAGAGGUGGCCAGUGCCAUUGGCUACCUGCACUCUCUCAACAUCAUUUACAGAGACUUGAAGCCAGAAAACAUUCUCUUGGACUGCCAGGGACACGUGGUCCUGACAGAUUUUGGCCUCUGCAAGGAAUGUGUGGAGCCCGAGGAGACCACUUCUACUUUUUGUGGCACUCCCGAGUACCUGGCCCCCGAAGUGCUUCGUCAAGAGCCUUACGAUCGAGCAGUGGACUGGUGGUGCUUAGGGGCGGUCCUCUAUGAGAUGCUUCAUGGCCUGCCCCCCUUCUUCAACAAAGAUGUGGCCCAGAUGUAUGAGAAUAUUUUGCACCAGCCACUACAGAUCCCUGGAGGCCGGACAGUAGCCGCCUGUGACCUCCUGCAAGGCCUUCUCCACAAGGACAAGAAGCAGCGGUUGGGCUCCAAGGAAGACUUUCUCGACAUAAAGAACCAUGUGUUCUUCAGUCCCAUAAAUUGGGAUGACCUGUACCACAAGAGGCUAACUCCACCCUUCAACCCAAACGUGGAAGGACCUGCUGACUUGAAACACUUUGACCCAGAGUUCACCCAGGAAGCUGUGUCCAGGUCUAUUGGCUGCACCCCUGACACCAUGGCCAGCAGUUCUGGGGCCUCAAGCGCAUUCCUUGGAUUUUCCUAUGCACAGGAUGAUAACAUCUUGGACUCAUAAGUGACAAGCGCUUGCAAAUCCGCCAAGACCAGCUGGCACCUGCAGGGGCCACCUUCUGCUGCCAGCAAGACACAAUGAGUUUGAUGACUCAAAGAAGAGGGAAGUGCUUUCUGUCACAUGAAAAACAGUGCAGGACAGGCCACCGAGUACCCGCUCAGGCUGGCAGGACAGGCCACCGAGUACCAAGCGUCUGUCAUUCUGAUUUGCUCGUCUUGAGAAAUGACUCCUGUGUUUGGUGGCUGUUGUUGUUGUUGCUGCUGCUGCUGCUGCUGUGACAAAAUAUCCAAGAAAGGUAAUGGAAAGAGGAUCUCCUCAGGCUCACCACUUCAGCGGUUUCCGUCCACGGCUGGCUGGCCCCAUUGCUGUGGCCUUUUGGCAAAGCUGAAACCUCGGUGAAAGGAGCGGCAUGGAAAAACUGCUCACCUUCUUCCUACCAGGAAGCAGAAGUAGAAGACUGGGCUGGAAAUAAGAUUUACCCUCCGAUUUACGUCCCAAGUGACCGACACCCUCCAAGCGGGGCCCACGUUUUAAUUACCUUUCCACCACCUCUCCACGCCAUACAAAUCUAUGAAUGGACUAAAUCACGGAUGAAGCCUGGGCCCCCGUGACCCAAUCAUAUACUAAAACCCCAUCAGCUGGACAGGGGAACCUUUGGAUCCAAAGUAAAAUAGCUUUGAAU